UAUUCGGGUCGAUAUGGGAAACGGCCUGGUUUCCCCACCUGAAUCUCUUCGCUUCGGGCCCUUCUUUCCCGCCAACGCCGGCGGUAGCUUCCCCGGUAUCGCCAUCGACCCCUCUCUGUAGCAGACAGUUCCUGAAGCCAUGCCCACCUUUUCUUCAGUUGUCUGUCGCCUGGCCAGGCUGAGGCGCUCCAAAGCCCUGUCCAGCAAAGCCACCAUCUCUUCCCUUUCCGCGGCUCUCCCCAACCACCAGUCCCCCUCGGAGGGGAAUGUUGGCUUUUCGAGAGGAUUGGAAGACGAAGCUCCGUUCCUCCUCUUCCCUGAGACCCGCAUCUCCGAGCUCGCGAAUGGCGUCCGCGUGGUCACCCAGUCGUCUCUCGCCGCCCGCACCGCUACCGUGGGUGUGUGGAUUGACGCUGGGAGCCGAUUCGAGACGCCGGAGACGAAUGGCACUGCUCACUUCCUGGAGCACAUGAUCUUCAAGGGUACCCGGCGACGGACGGCUAGAGGGCUCGAGGAGGAGAUCGAGAACGCCGGCGCCAGGCUCAACGCCUAUACUUCCAGGGAGCAAACAACGUACUAUGCCAACGUGCUCAGGGAAGACGUAGGGCUCGCCGUCGACGUUCUUGCCGACAUCUUGCAGAACUCGCGGUUUCAUGAAAGCGCCAUCACGAGGGAGAGGAGCGUGAUUCUCAGAGAAAUGGAGGAGGUGCAAGGACAGACUGAGGAGGUGAUUUUUGAUUAUUUGCACAUGGCUGCAUUCCCAAAUCAUCCAUUGGGUAACACUAUUCUGGGACCUGCUGAGAAUAUCAAAACCAUAUCGAAAUUUGAUUUAUACGAAUAUAUAACUACGCAUUACACUGGGCAUAGGAUGGUUGUAUCUGCUGCCGGUGCUGUUACACAUGACUAUAUGGUGGAUCAAGUCAGUAAACUGUUUAGAAGGCUGUCUAAUGACCCAACCACAGCAUCUAUGCUUGUUCAAGAAUAUCCUGCUGCUUUCACUGGAUCAGAGGUACGAGUAAUGAACGAUGACAUGCCUCUUGCACAUUUUGCCAUUGCACUAGAGGGGGCUUCAUGGACUGAUCCAAAUUCCAUACCUGUGAUGGUGAUACAAAGUAUCUUGGGAUCUUGGAACAGGAGUGCAGGUGUUGGUAACCUUUCUGGGUCAGAACUUGCUCGGAAGGUAGGCAGAGGAGACUUGGCUGAGAGUAUACUGUCCUUCAACACCAACUAUGCUGAUACUGGGUUAUUUGGUGUCUAUGCUACAGCACUGCCUGACAGAUUGCAUGAUUUAUCUUGCACCAUAAUGGAUGAGUUCUCUAGAAUAGCUCAUGAGGUCUCAGAGGAUGAAGUAGUAAGGGCUCGGAAUCAGUUGAAGUCGUCCCUUCUUCUCCAUAUUGAUGGAACGAGUGCAGUUGCAGAAAACAAUGGACGGCAGAUACUGACUUAUGGAAGAGUACUCCCAUUUAUGGAACUUUUUGCAAGAAUUGAUGCUGUGGAUGUAGACACUGUUAAACAGACAGCAAUGCAGUUCAUUGUUGACAAGGAUAUUGCCAUUUCUUGUGUCGGGCCAAUUCAGCAGCUGCCCGAUCAUAGUUGGUUUCGGUCGCAGACGCAGUCUAUGAAGUAAACAUUGACAGAAGAAAAGAUGAAAGCGAGAAACCUAAACAUGGAGAUGCAUGAUACUGAUACGGAAGCUUUGUCCUGGUAGCUUCCUUUGAUUGCAAUCAGGACACCAUGAGUGGUAUUGGUGCUCCAACCAUAACACUUGACCCAAGUUCAUGCAGUCCCACGCAUUUAUUUGUUCCACUUUGCCGUUUUUCGCAUUAUUUUUAUAUUGUGUUGUAUACAGUUAUCAAAACAUGUAACAUGACAAUUUUGUCAGAAGAUACGUAUUUCUAGCAUUUUGAUUGUCGAAGCUACUCUGAUUGUGGCUGUAAAAUUGUCACUCGAAUGUCCCUUGACAGACUAAAGUUGAAUGUUUAAGGUUAAGUUAUUGCAAA